AUGCCUCCCAGGAGGGCCGCCGCCGCCGCUGCCUCCAAGAAGGCUGCCGCAGCCCCCCAGACCGCCGCUGAGAAGCCGGCCGCCAAGGCGACCAAAGCCACAACCACCGCAAAGAAAGCUCCUACAAAGAAGGCUGCUACCAAUGGCGAGACAAAGGUACCGGCCAAGCGCGGCAGGCCUACGAAGAAGGACACCGAUGAGUCUGCUCCGGCAAAGAAGACCGCGAAAACGGUGAAGGCCGCGACUAAGAAGAAGAAUGACGCCAAGGGCGAUGACGCCGCGACUGCUAGCUUUUCUACGCAAGCUGCCAGCGAGGCCACGCAGGAUCAGCCGACGCAAGAGACUGCCGAUGCGUCCACUACUACUAAAGCCGCUCCGACCAAGGCUACCAGGAAGCGCAAGGCCACUGAGGAGCCCGAGGUCCCCGUCGCGAAGAAGCUCCGCAUCGCGCGCCUCAAGGAUGAGGAGAAGAACAAGGCGCCCACCCAGAAGCUCCAUGUGUACGUCUUCGGCGAGGGUAGCUCGGGUGAGCUUGGCCUUGGUACCGCGAAGAACGCGGUUGACGUUAAGCGUCCGCGUCUCAACCCGCUGCUCCCUGCCAGCAGUGUUGGCGUCGUACAGAUUUCUACCGGUGGCAUGCACGUUCUUGCCCUCACCCACGAUAACAAGAUCCUAUCAUGGGGUGUCAACGACCAGGGCGCCCUGGGUCGCGAUACCACCUGGGAGGGUGGCCUCGUGGAUAUUGACGACAACAAGAGUGACGACAGUUCCGACUCAGGCGAUGACAGUGGAAUGAACCCGAAGGAAGCGACUCCCACGGCCAUUCCCUCGGACGCUUUCCCGGAAGACACCAAGUUUGUUCAGGUUGCUGCCUCGGACAGUGCUUCUUUCGCCCUCACCGACGAUGGUCUCGUGUAUGGCUGGGGCACUUUCCGUAGCAACGAAGGCAUCUUCGGCUUCAGCAAGACGAGCUUCAUCCAGAAGACUCCGGUCCUGCUCCCGGACCUUAAGAAGAUCCGCAACAUCGUCUGCGGCGCCAACCAUGUGCUUGCGCUGAAUGCUGAUGGUAAUGUUUUCGCUUGGGGAAGUGGUCAGCAGAACCAACUGGGUCGUCGUGUGGUUGAGCGCACCAAGACCGAGGGGCUUGUUCCGCGUGAGUUCGGCUUGCCGCGCAAGAAAAUCGCCCAGAUCGCCUGUGGCUCGUACCAUUCUUUCGCUGUUGACAAGAGCGGCAACGUCUGGGCCUGGGGCCUGAACAACUUCGGCGAGACGGGCAUCCCCGAACAUGCAGGCGAAGAGGAGGCAUGCAUCCUCAAGCCUGCCAAGGUAUCGACGCUGUCGGACGCGAAGAUCAAGAUGAUCGACGGUGGUGGACACCACUCUGGUGCUGUUACUGAAGAUGGCAAGUGCCUUGUCUGGGGCCGUCUGGACGGGUACCAAAUGGGGCUUCCCAUGGACACUCUCAAGAGCCUUGGGGAGGACAAGAUCACAAAGGACGAGCAUGACAGGCCGCGCAUCCUCAAGGUGCCUACGGAGCUCCCCAACAUCAAUGCGGCCUUCAUCACGUGCGGCACAGACCACAACAUCGCCAUCAGCAAGGAGGGCAAGGCCUACUCGUGGGGCUUUUCGGCCAACUACCAGACGGGCCAGGGCACCGACGAUGACAUUGAGGUUGCGACCAUGAUCGACAACACGGCGGUUCGCGAGAAGAAGCUUAACUGGGCUGGGGCGGGCGGUCAAUAUUCCAUCCUCACUGCUCAUGCCGAGUUCGACCUGCCGAUGGUCAACGGCACUCACUGA